GUAUCGGACAUAAAAAAAUUGAAUAAAGCCAUCCCUACUAAUUAGGCCAUUUAAGGGCAUUAAAGUCAUUUGAAAAUGAAAUCUCUGACCCCCUUCCCAUUGCACUCACUAAACUAAGGAACUGAUUGAGACACACACUGAUUGGGAUUUAUUUUUCUUUCUGUUAAUUAUUCUCAUCUUAAACAGGACAGAGUGUCCAAAACUCCUGAACACGUGAAGCAGCUGAGAUCCACGUGACAUACUGUUAAAAAGAUGGCAUUUAUUAAAGAGGAGAGUGAAGACAUGAAGAUUGAAGAAGUAUUCAGCCUGAAACAAGAAGAUACUGAGGAACAAACAGACCUGAGGCCAUUGAAAGAGGAGAGUGAAGUACUGAAUGAAAUGAAAAAUCAUGAUUUCAUAACUGAAGAAAUAUCUUUUAGUGGCUCACAGACUGAAAAGUCUCAAAAAAGAGCUCAAAAGACAGGAGCUAGCAGUUUUUUCACCUGCUUUCAGUGUGGAAAGAGUUUCAGUCAACAUGAAAACCUUAAAGUCCACAUGAGACUUCACAAUGGAGAAAAGCCUUUCACAUGCCAACAGUGUGGAAAAAGUUUCACUGAAAAAGGAAACCUUAAUGUUCACAUGCGAAUUCACACUGGUGAGAAGCCUUUUACCUGCCAACAUUGUGGAAAGAGUUUCACUCAAAAUGGAGCCCUUAAAAGCCACAUGAGAACUCAUACCGGAGAGAAGCCUUUCACCUGCAAACUGUGUGGAAAGAGUUUCACAACAGAUAUAAACUUUAGGUAUCACAUGAACAUUCACACUGGAGAGAAGCCGUUCACAUGUAAUCAUUGUGGAAAGAGUUUUGCACGUAAAAUUAGCCUUAAUAACCACAUGAGAGUUCACUCAAGAGAGAACAGUUUUAUAUGUCAUCGGUGUGGAAUGAGUUUCCCUAACAUAAAACGUCUUAAUAGGCACGUAAUAAUUCACUCUGGUGAGAAGCCUUUCAAAUGCCAGCUGUGUGAAAGGAGCUUCCGAUUCAAUAAAUACCUGAAGACUCACAUGAGAAUGCACACCGGAGAGAAGCCUUUCACAUGUGAUCACUGUGGAAAGAGUUUCAGUCAUAAAGUAAGCCUCAAGACUCACAUGAGAAUUCACACUGGAGAGAAGCCUUACACAUGUGAUCAGUGUGGAAUGAAUUUUACAUAUAAAGAAUCAUUUGAUUCCCACAUGAGAGUUCACACUGGAGAGAGCCCUUACACCUGCAAACUGUGUGGGAAGAGCUUCUCACAAAAAGGAAAUCUUAAGUAUCACAUUAGAAUUCACACUGGAGAGAAGCCUUUCACAUGUGAUCAGUGUGGAAAGAGUUUCAGACAUAAAGUAACCCUUAAUAACCACGUAAGAAUUCAUUCAAGAGAGAACCUAUUUAUAUGUCAUCAGUGUGGACAGAAUUUCACAGACAGGAAUGAGCUUAAGAGGCACGUAAGCACUCAUAUUGGAGAGAAGCCUUUCAUGUGUCAUCACUGUGGAAAGAGUUUCACACUUAAAGGAAACCUCAAGACUCACAUGAGAGUUCACUCUAGAGAGAAGCCUUUCACCUGCCCUCAGUGUGGAAAGAGUUUCAGAUUUAAAGGAAAUCUUGACACUCACAUGAGACUUCACACUGGGGAGAAGCCUUUUACAUGUCUUCAGUGUGGAAGGAGUUUCACAUAUCAAAGAGACCUGAAUUGUCAUUUGCAAAGUCAUUCUGGAAAGAAAUUGCAGUGUUCUGAGUGUGACAAGAGGUUUAGAAAAAGGAGCAAUUUUAAAAAUCACCUGCUGCUUCAUUCUGGAAGAAGGCUAUUUAAUUGUGAUCAGUGUAAUAAAAAAUUUCUUUUGCCAUCACACUUAGAGAUACACCUGAAAAGUCAUACAUAUGUGAGACGCUAUUUGUGUUCUUUGUGUGGAAAGAGUUUUAAAUGGCUCAGCAGUUUAAAAUGGCACCAGAAAAUACGUAUCUGUGUAAAAUUAAGGCUACGUUCAAACCGCAGCUGAAUGUGGGCCAAAUCUGAUUUUUCUAUCAAACAUAUUUGGUAAGGCUGUUCACGUGACAUUUUAAAUUUGGCCCAUA